CCGCAUGAACUGACAUUAUAGACGCUGACUGUACCAGAACCAGGGGCGCAUCUGCGAUGAUGAUCAUGCUCGUCUUUUUGUGUCUCGUCCUGGCGUGUUGCUUCCGCUCUGCGGACGCGGCGCUGCCACAGAGGAUACCCAAAUUUGAAUCUCGACCGGAUCCAGACUCCCCAGUUGCGGUUCCUCUCAAGGCAUAUACCCUGCGAGCCGACCAGGAGCAAGCCUUGAUUGACCAUUACAACGGCCUAGAAUUGGAAGACGCGCCGGGCGGCUGUAGUGACGUGGACGUCCCCUCUCCUGCAAUCACAGCAGCAUCGUCGACCACAUCUUGUUGCUCCAACUCGCGGCGCGACGCGCAUCAAGAUGCCAAGGGUGUAAGCGCCAGAUCGACCUCUUUAUUGAGAGCUAGGAAUUCUCACCGAGAUAGGCGCUUAUCCACCGUGGCGUGCAAUCGCAAGCAUCUCGAGGCUGAUGAAAAAUUCGAUAGCAUUAGCAGUAGCAGAACGAGCGAGCAGGGAGAUAAGGAGGAGGAGGAGCAGCUACACCAUGACGAGCGGAUGAGUCAAGGCACUCUUUGUCUUUCCGCCUCAGGAGUGUCUCAAGAAGGCGAGCACGAUGAACAGUGUGGCUCCAGUGAUGAGGAUGGCGAUAGCGUUUUUAGCGAUAGCAGCUCAGAAAGCGACGAAGCGACUGACGAGGACGAUGGAAAUUCUACCACUGAUGCAGAAACUUCCGAGGAUGAUGAGAAUUCUACAUGCAGUGAUGUUGAACGACGAGGCUCCGAGGCCGACAGCACCACGUUGCUUUCCGCCCUUUGCCUGGCGAGUUUGCAAACGCCCUACAAGCACAUGAAAACUUUGCCGAUGAUGCUGGGGAACUGGGAGAGCCUGGACGGGUGCCGGUCCGACGCGAUGCUGGUUGCGAAGGUUCUGCGGGACCGGAAACACUUCCAGAAGACCAAAGUGUUAACCGGGUACGCCCAGUCAAAGGAGAUGCGCGGGCGGGUGGCAAGUCGCCCGUUGUUGCGGAAAAAGGACGCGGUGAAACACUUGAAAGAGCUGUUUGCAGAGGGAAACCACUACGAACGGGCGCUCUUCGUUGUCUACUACAGUGGUCACGGGCACUGUGCGCACGGGGAAGACGACAAAUACAAGGGGGCGUGCGUGUUCGCGGCGGACAGGAACCCGCUCGGUACCAUGUACCUCGGAUUCAAAGACUUUCUCAGCAUCUGGCAGGACGCGCGAAAACAUUUUCCGAAUUCCGGACAGGGGCACAAACUGCUGCUCAUCGUGGACGCUUGCUAUAGCGGAAAGCUCGUGAUGAAGCUGCGGCAGCACGUCGCCAGCGUGAGGCGCGAGAAGAUGCUCAGCGAAGAUGCUUUCUCGGAGUCUACCGAAGCUUGCGGGCAGGAUAAUACUGAGGCCGGAGCGAGUUGCUGUACUUCUACACAGGGACGAAUCGUAAAGUGUGGAAAAACAGAUCCACGAAAGGUGCAAACGCUGUUCAAUACCGCGAUGCGCCGUAGAUUCGGAAAAUACGUUCGCUGCUCGCCGCGUGUCCGAAGAGGCAUACUGAAGAAAUACGCGGUGAUGCAUUCGCCAUCACGGUAUAAAAAUGCGCCUUUGUCUGUAGAAAAAUCACCGACAGCAAAGGUCGAUCACAUGAAGGUAGCUCCAGUGCGUUCACGCGAGAAGAAGGAAGAUAAGAUGCUACAGGACGAUGAGGACAGCUGUCUUGGUCAACCAGUGAAGAUGUGCAAGACCAGGAUGGUCCGCAAGGGUAGUCUGCGAAGCGAUAGUGUCAGCUGCUGCAGCACCGAACUCAGCGCCGGUGAUGGAAGCUCCUGUGCGGCUCCAUCUGGAGUCUCACUUUCUGAGGUUGAGCAUGGUUACUGGGAUGAACCUACUUCUACGCCCUAUCGCGAAAGUAGCAGCAGCUGCAGCGGCUCGCGGUCAGUAGGAUCACUAGGACCGUCCUCGAUGGAGCACUGUGAAUUCUUCGAUCCCGUGGGCAUUGCAAUUCAAUCCGCGGGGGAUUCAAGGCAGUCUGUCUGGGAGCGGGAAGCCACGCAUGCCGGUAGUUUCUACUACAACGGGGAACUGACAAGCUGGUUUGUGGCACGCAACAAGGCCGCUCCCGCGGAAACGGCCUUCACACCCGUAGUUCCGGGUGUCCGGUGGAGUUCUGCGAAAAAUUGCGCACAGUAUCCGGACUAUUUUGCAAGUUGGAUGUCUCCUGCCACUGCCCUGCAAACAGGCCCUAUCACAGAUUUGGACGAUUACGUGCCGGGAGGAAUGGUCUUCAUGCGGAGAAGAAGGCCAAAAAAUUCGGCUGUCUGACUUUUUGGAAAAAUAUACAUACGCGUGGAUACUUACAGAGAAUGACAAAUCCUGCAUGAAUACACAUCCUCAUUUUUCUCUUUCUGUCUCUGUUCCCACUUGGGUGCAGCGCGACAAUGCUGCACUCACGAUUUUUAGCCGCUGAAUGAAAGUGGAUCGCACAGGUACUUAUCAAUCUAUGUAUGAGAACACAGACGCGAAAUCGAGAUCGAGCUAUUCAACAAUCCUGGGACUUUUUGACUUUGCACAUUGACAAGAUGAAAGAAAUCCAAAUUAGGCGCAAGAAU